GCUGCGUGCCUGCGCCGCGCCCUCCACUCCUCAUCUCUCCUCGCCAUCUUGCUCUUAGCUUUGCUCCAAGAAGCCGCACCAGCUCGUCCGAGAAUCAAGCCGACGAUGGCCAUGGCCACGCAAGCCUCCGCCGCGACGCGCCACCUCUUGGCCGCGGCCUGGUCGCCAGCGGCGAAGGCGCCGCGGUCCUCGCAGCUCGCGCUCCCGUCGUCCUCCCGCGGGCCGGCCCCGCUCCGCGCGGCCGCCGAGGAGGCCCCCGCGGCGGCGACCCAGGAGGCGCCCAAGGGGUUCGUGCCCCCGCAGCUUGACCCCAACACCCCGUCCCCGAUCUUCGGCGGCAGCACGGGCGGGCUGCUCCGGAAGGCGCAGGUGGAGGAGUUCUACGUGAUCACGUGGACGUCCCCCAAGGAGCAGGUGUUCGAGAUGCCGACGGGCGGCGCCGCCAUCAUGCGGGAGGGGCCCAACCUCCUGAAGCUGGCGCGCAAGGAGCAGUGCCUGGCGCUCGGCACCAGGCUGCGCUCCAAGUACAAGAUCAACUACCAGUUCUACCGCGUCUUCCCCAACGGCGAGGUCCAGUACCUCCACCCCAAGGACGGCGUCUACCCGGAGAAGGUCAACGCCGGCAGGCAGGGCGUGGGGCAGAACUUCCGCAGCAUCGGCAAGAACGUCAGCCCCAUCGAGGUCAAGUUCACCGGCAAGAACACCUUCGACAUCUAAGUGAUCUCAUCCAUCUCUUUCUCUUAGCUGGUGUUGGGUGGUUGAUGGAGGGUCGAUCGAUAUGUAAUUUUAUUACUAUAAUCAGGUUUUCUUGGUGAUCGUGGAGGUGAUGCAUGGAACUAUAUGUAAAUGUUGAUUUUGGUGAUGCGAUGCCCAGGUUAACGUUAAUUA